UCAAAUUUGUUCCUAGCCAUUUUAAAGAGAGAAAGAGAGAAAAGAGGAGAGAGAUAUUGACAGGAGGAAGGUGGGAUGGUUUCUCAUUUUCCUUUGAAGAAAGACUCAUCACAGAGAGGGGAAGAAGAAGAAGAAACCCAUUAAACCAUAAUUUUUUUAUCAGAGGGGAAAGUCAUCAUCUCUGCUUUGACUGUGUCCCCCUCUUUUAUAUGUUGUUGUCAGGAAUUCUUCUGUUGCGAGUUUGAGCUGAUUACGACAUACGAGGCUUAGAAUUAUCAUGGGUGGGUUUGAUGACCAUGUUGCUAUUAUGGGAGAUUGGGUGCCUCCUAGUCCGAGCCCAAGAGGUUUUUUCUCUUCCGUAUUGGGUGAUGAAAUCAGCUCAAGGUCAAUUUCUGAAAACCCUUUUGAAAAUAAAAAUGGGGUGCUCUUUCCGGGGCCUGAAGAGCGAAUUAUGUCAGGAAGAAGUGAUGAAAAGGACGGUGCACAAGAUUGUGUAGCCGAUGAUCAAUUGACUAAAUCAAAUUCAUUUUCCGAGCAGAAAAUGAACUCUCGUGGAGGAGGCCUUUUGGAAAGGAUGGCGGCUAGAGCUGGGUUUAAUGCUCCAAGGUUGAAUACAGAAAGCAUCAGACCUGCUGACCUUUCACUAAACCCAGAUGUUCGGUCUCCUUACCUGACAAUCCCACCUGGUCUUAGCCCGACAUCCCUGUUAGAAUCUCCGGUUUUCCUCUCAAAUUCACUGGCUCAGCCGUCUCCAACAACAGGAAAGUUUGCAUUUCCUCCGAGUGGGAAUGGCAGAAACUCCACCCUGGCUACGGAGGCCACCGAUAAAAGUAGAGACAAUUUCUUUGAAGACAUCAAUACCUCAUCCUUUGCCUUUAAACCUGUUGCAGAAUCGAGUCCCUCUCUUUUUCUUGGCACUACAAGCCAAAUGGCUUCAACUUUUCCUCAGACAAACUUUCCUGGCAUUGAGGUUUCUGUUCAGCCAAAAAACUCUCUUCAGUCUCGAUAUGUUGAGCCUGCAAAACUGCAGUCUCAAAAUGGAACCACACUGAAUCGUCAAGACUCUUAUAGAACGUGCAGUGAAAAGGAAGCAGCAGUUGGUGGUGCCAGUGCGGAAAAUUCACCACCAUUUGAUGAGCUGCAAGAUGAGGAAGCACAUCAAAGAGGUGGCGGAGAUACUGUGGUUGGUGGUGCCCCAUCUGAGGAUGGGUAUAAUUGGCGAAAAUAUGGACAAAAACAAGUAAAAGGGAGCGAGUAUCCGCGAAGUUAUUAUAAAUGCACACAUCCCAAUUGUCCAGUCAAGAAGAAGGUGGAACGAUCUCACGAGGGCCACAUUACUGAAAUCAUAUACAAGGGGGCCCACAGUCACCCCAAACCGCCACUCAAUCGCAGAUCAACCAUUGGAUCGUCAAAUCUGCUAACGGAUAUGCAACUUGACAUUGGUGAUCAGACCGGGGCACAGAUUGGUGCAGAUGGUGAACCGGUAUGGUCAACCGUGCAAAAGGGAGUUCCCGACUGGAGGCAUGACAAUCUCGAGGUGACAUCAUCAGCAUCUGUGGGUGCUGAGUACUGCAAUGCACCGAACUCUAUGCAGGGUCAGAAUUGCACGCAUGUUGAAACGGGUGAUGCAGUGGAUGUCUCUUCUACUUUUUCUAAUGAGGAAGAUGAAGAUGACCGAGGGACACAUGGCAGCAUAUCAUUAGGUUGUGAUGGAGAAGGAGAUGAAUCUGAGUCAAAGAGAAGGAAAAUUGAAGCGUAUGCAACAGAAAUGAGUGGGGCCACUAGAGCUAUCAGGGAGCCUAGAGUUGUGGUCCAAACAACCAGUGAGGUGGAUAUCCUUGAUGAUGGGUAUCGUUGGCGCAAGUAUGGGCAGAAAGUUGUGAAAGGAAAUCCAAAUCCAAGGAGUUACUAUAAGUGCACGAGUGCUGGCUGCACAGUAAGGAAGCAUGUGGAGAGGGCGUCGCAUGACCUCAAGUCAGUGAUCACUACCUACGAGGGGAAGCACAACCAUGACGUCCCUGCUGCUCGGAACAGCAGUCACGCCAACUCUGGCACCACUAACAAUGGACCUAACCAAACUGCUGGAACUUCAGCUUCUGCUUCUGUUGCAUCGCAUCUUCACAGGCCCGAGCCAUCUCAGGUUCACAACAGCAUGGCUAGAUAUGAUAGGCCUCCUUCAAUGAGCUCAUUUGGGCUACCUGGAAGGCAACAACUGGGACCGCCCCACGGGUUCACUUUUGGAAUGAACCAACCGGGACUUGCUAAUUUGGCAAUGGCUGGGUUGGGGUCAAACCAGGGUAAGUUGCCCGGUAUGCCAGUUCAUCAGUAUUUUGGACAGCAACGGCCGUUGAGUGAAAUGGGUUUCAUGUUGCCAAAAGGAGAACCGAAGAUGGAGCCUCUGUCGGAACCUCCCUUGAACCUUUCGAAUGGGGCUUCAGUUUAUCAUCAAAUUAUGAAUAGGUUGCCUCUUGGACCACAUAUGUAAAUUUUCUCUUCUUUUUUUGUUUUGUUUUUUGUUUUUUUUGUUUUUCCCUUAAAGAAAAGAAAAAAGUAGAAAGAUACAACUUUUCUAUAUUUGAAAAUGGGUAUUUCAGUGCUCUGAAUUUUGGUCUUGAUUAUUAUUAUUAUUAUUAUUUUUGCAAA